AUGGCUGCUCCAAACAGGGUGGCUCGUGGACACCGUCUUUUUCCCCUCCUCUCGACUUUUUUCUGGGGCGAUCGUGUCCAGAUCCUCUUCUCCGGCUGGCCCGGUGACCGCGGCUUCGGCGUCUAUUUCUUCGCCCUCUUAUUAGUUGCCAUCGCCGCUGCCGCCGAGGAGGCCCUCUCUACCCUUUCUCGUCGCCUCGCCCAGUCUCCUACAGCCUCCCCUGGCUCCAGAGCUUCCGUUGGGUUUGCCCUCACAGCUCUCCACACACUGCGGAUGGGCUUGCUCUACCUCGUGAUGCUCGCCGUCAUGUCAUUCAACGUCGGCGUUCUCAUCGCCGCUGUUGUCGGACACGCCGUCGGGUAUUUCUUCGCUGGGAGCGGCACGUUCAACUGGACCCGACACGCCGAUGGCCAUGAUUUCGCUAAGUGCUAGAAAUAUUAAAUAAAUUAUCAGGCAAUCAGGUAUUUGCACUGUUUCUGUUAAUUCUCGCUUCUGUUUUUGAACGUUGAAAAAACUAAAUCUUUAUCAAUGAUUUGUUCGGACUCUGAUCAUCUUAUCUAUUUUGCUGUGAUAGAACAUUGUAUAAGUUAAUUCAUUGUGCCGAUUUGGAUUGGAAUAUUCU